UGGGAGGAGAGCGGCGCGGCGCGGAGGAGCGCUCUCUGGUCUUCCCGGGGUUGGUCGGAGGAGCAGCAGCGGCCGGAAGGUUGUGCAGCCGGUUUAUAAACAAUAAUUAAACUGAUACUUUCAUGUGAAUCUUACAGACGAAAAGGAUGCCAAUAAGAGCUUUCUCAACAACUGAGAAUUAGGAGCGGCAUUAAAAAGGAAACCAAAUCAAGGCAACAAUCAAAAUUUAACAACUUCCUCCACAGAACCUCAAAACGCUUCUUCCCCAGCAGGUGACAGGCGAGGGAGAGAAAAACAGGAAGAGAGUUUUGAGCUGGAAAAAAAUGAGUAUGUAUGUGGAACUCAAGGAAACAUUACCUGAAAAGCUCAAGGGGGACAAUUUGCAAAUUCAGAAAGAGAGAGAAAUCUGUGGGAUAAGCAGAGACUGUAGAUCACGGCUGAUUAUUCACAAGAGGAUCCACGCCAGAGAAAAGCCAUACAAAUGUUCCGAAUGUGGCAAAAGCUUUACUUGGAACAGCUCCCUGGUGAUACACCAGAGGACUCACACAGGAGAGAAACCGUAUGAGUGUCCAGUUUGUGGGAAAAGUUUCAGUCAGAAUUUCGGCCUGGUAAUACACCAUAGGACUCACACAGGAGAGAAACCGUAUGAGUGUCCGGAUUGUGGGAAAAGUUUCAGUCAGAAUUCCGGCCUGGUGAUACACCAUAGGACUCACACAGGAGAGAAACCAUAUGAGUGUCCAGAUUGUGGGAAAAGUUUCAGUGUGAAAUUCAUGCUAGUGAAACACCAGAGGUCUCACACAGGAGAGAAACCGUAUGAGUGUCCGGAUUGUGGGAAAAGUUUCAGUCGGAAUUCCAGCCUGGUGAUACACCAGAGGACUCACACAGGAGAGAAACCAUAUGAGUGUCCGGAUUGUGGGAAAGGGUUCAAUCUGAAUUCCGGCCUGGUUACGCACCAGAGGACUCACACAGGAGAGAAACCGUAUGAGUGUCCGGAUUGUGGGAAAAGUUUCAGUCAGAAGUGCAGCCUGGUGAUACACCACAGGACUCACACAGGAGAGAAGCCGUAUGAGUGUCUGUAUUGUGGGAAAAGUUUCAGUCAGAAUUCUGACAGGGUGAACCACCAGAGGACUCACACAGGAGAGAAACCAUAUGAGUGUCUGGAUUGUGGGAAAAGUUUCAUUCGUAAAUCCAACCUGGCGAUACACCGGAGGACUCACACAGGAGAGAAACCAUAUGAGUGUCCAGAUUGUGGGAAAAGUUUCAGUACUAGGUCUAUCCUUAUAGAGCAUGUAGGUUUACACAUGGGAGAGAAACCAUUCAAAUGCGGAGACUGUGGACAGUGCUUCACAAACAAUUCCUACUUUAGCAGACACAAGAAAAUGCACAGGAGGCAGAAGAUGCUGAGUGUAGAGAAGUUUGAAUUUCACUUCUCAUCUACCAUUGGUCAUCCAGCUGAAAAAUUAAGUAUUUAAUUUCUGGCCUGACUCCUUUUAGUAAAAUAUGUAUCAGUAUUAGACAUGAGUGAGGAGAGAAAAAAAUGGAAAAUGUUAGUUUGAGAAAGGUUAACUACAUGUACCUGGCUAUCAGCAGAAGUUUCUGGAAAUGUACUUUUGCAGAAAUAUUGCAAUUGCUGCAAAAAGGAUUUUUGGAGGUGGUGUUUGCAUAUUGAUCAUCAUAGAUCCUAGAAAUGUGACAUGCAGAAUUUCACCCUUCAACCGGGGUUUCCUCCAGAUUUGGAGUCCCAGAUUUUCCCAGCCAGCAUACCCUUUGCAGAAAAUGUCUGGGAGUCAUUGUCAGUGUUUCUGGGAGUCCCCAGUAAGUGGCUGCAGGUCCUAAAAGAUAUAAUACAAAAAAUAUAGGCGCACUCAGAUUUUAGUUAGAUUGUGGCUCAAAUAUACUUGGAGUUGCCUGCUUAUUAGCCUUUGAUGGCUGGUGGGUGGGACAUCAUUGUUGCAU